UGUUUCGCGACUCUUCCUCUCUAUUUCUGCUUAGUUCAACAGAUUCCGCGCUGCACACGCAACAACUCUUUCAUCGGUUACAACCACAUUUAUAGGACUUUAGUUAUCAUCUACAGGACCAAUACUGUUAGAUUUGUCUGUUGGGACAUGGCCGAAUUGACCGAAAUGCAGUCCUUUUACAAGGGGAAAAACAUUUUCGUAACCGGAGGAACCGGUUUGAUGGGAAAAGUGCUCAUUGAGAAGCUGCUCUAUAGCUGCAGCGAUUUAAAUAAAAUUUACAUUCUCAUACGGCCGAAGCGAGGUCGAACUCCCGAAAUACGUGUCGAGGAAAUGUUUAAAUUGCCGAUGUUUCAAAGGAUCAGGAAAGAGAAGCCUCACGUCCUUAAGAAAGUUGUGCCCUUGAACGGAGAUGUCGGUGCGGAGAAUUUAGGGUUGACCAAAGAGGAGGAGGAAUUAUUGGCGAGCCAAGUCGACCUGGUAUUCCAUUUCGCAGCGACCCUCAGAUUGGAAUCGAAAUUGAAGGAUGCUAUCGAAUUGAACACGAUUGGAACAAGCAGGGUGUUGGACUUGGGGAAAAAAAUGAAGAAGCUACAGGCGCUCGUGCAUCUGAGCACAGCUUUUUGUUACGCGGAUAAACAAGAACUGGAUGAGAAAGUGUACGAUCCGUCGAGUGAUCCCGAGGAUAUUACGAGGCUGGUGGAAUGGCUAGACGAAAGUAGCAUCGAUCUUAUCACACCCAAGUUGUUGGACCUUCACCCCAAUACUUACACUUACUCGAAGAGAUUGGCUGAGAAACUGGUGGCAGACGAGUAUCCGAGUUUGCCUUGCACCAUCGCUAGGCCGUCGAUCGUAACACCAGCUUUGGCAGAACCGUUACCAGGAUGGGUGGACAAUCUAAACGGGCCAGUGGGUCUGAUGGUGGGCGCUGGCAAAGGUGUGAUAAGGUCGAUGCUAUGCAACGGCAGCUAUCACGCCGAAGUGGUACCCGUCGAUUUUGCUAUCAACGCUUUAAUAGCAAUUGCGCAUAGGACAGCGACCGGGGAAAAGGCGCAAACUAUACCGGUAUACAACAUUACGCAAAGCAGAGUGUUGCCCAUCACGUGGGGAGAAAUAUUGGGAAAAGGGAAGGCGAUUGCUUACGAGUAUCCGUUCCAAGGACAAGUUUGGUAUCCAGCCGGUGACAUACAUACUAGCAAGUUUGUACACAAUCUGCUCGUCUUCUUCUUUCACAUCGUACCGGCUUACCUCAUCGAUUUUCUCAUGCUGAUAUUUGUGCAGAAAAGAUUCAUGGUUCGUAUUCAGAAACGCAUUUCAGUCGGGCUGGAACUUUUGCAGUACUUCACCAUGAGGGAGUGGGUCUUCCACAACACAAAUUUAUUAAUAAUGUGGAGCGAAAUGAACCCGAGGGAUAAAGAAAUUUUCCCGAUCGAUUUUCUCACCAUCGACGAGACGGAGUACAUAAAGGUCUGCGUUCUAGGUGCGCGCCAGUAUUGCAUGAAGGAGGAUUUGUCAACUUUGCCGAGAGCUCGCAGGUACCAAGCAGUGAUGUACGUUAUUCACAUACUCGCCGUCUACCUGUUUUACUUUGGAAUGUUACACAUGAUCUACAAGAACUUGGAAUUAGCAAGAAUAGGUCUGGAUUUCGUAACGGAGCACAUGAAAUCGUUGCCAAUUGUUGGCGGGAUCGUCGAGAAGAUUCAUACUUGAUUCACAAGUUUCGAAAUUACACAAGACGUCGUACAAAUUUUCCCUAUACUUUGGGAUAAUAUUUUUAAGCGGAAUUGUAUAAAUAACUUGUAUUCUCGCGGUACCAGGAAACGGGAGAUUUUCAACUUGGUAAAUCGGGGAGACGGUAGGAAGAAGAUUUGACAAAAGC